CGGAUUAUGAUUGGUGUCCAAAUUCCUCAAAUUUGAACUUAGUUCGCAGGUUCAGCUAUUCUCCACCGUGGAUCAGGUCUCCGCUACCGGCACAUACGCGUCCGGUCAUUGUGCAAAAACAUUUACCAUUCCUCUAAGGAGGACAAAUUCCCUCCACCCGUGAUAUUUCAGCAAGGCACUCAACAAGAAAUUCUUGUCUUUGUUCUAUAAAGGUUGCAGCUCAGCCACGCGACAGUGUCAAGCAAUGCUUCAAUGUCUGGCACUGUGCUAAAAUCAUUGUUCGACCCGUUGGGCUUGAUUCAACGUAUAUAAACCACGGAGGGCUAAAGGCUGAUAACUCAAACUUUUCGGCCUCCCUGUAUCGCGCGCUAUUCGUAUCCCUUCACAGUAUCGCUUCCCCACCAAUGUCAGCGCACGGCAUGGAUUUCACUGCCUAUGCUGAUGAAGUUAACAUCCCGACCGACGCCCUCCUAAUUCCUUCGGCUCAGCUUGCACCGUGGUGCUCAUCAAAUCUCUGUAGCAGCUUUGAUUCAUCAAGUACACAGCAAACUUCUUCACAUGAUCCUUAUGAUGUCCCGCCUCGUGCUCCGAGCCCGGAGCCACCUAUACAUCCUCUUAAGCCGCGUCCUAGAUCUAGAUCUAGGGCAGACGAAGCAUUUAUCAAGGACGCCGAGGCACACUCCGACCUAGUCCCCGGUGCUCCCCCACCGUCGCCAGCCGCGCCACACGGGCCUGAUGUAGGUCGUUUGCAAGAGCUCACAUCGCGGAUGCCACCCAAUCUCAUUCCUUUGCCUGAGUUCGGCAUUUACCAUGCGCAGUCUCCCAUUGCCAUGGAGGAAAGUAGUCACUCAGAUGAGGAGCCUAUGCUGUGUGUUGCAGACCGUUCUCAACUGUGGACACAUGUCGGUUCAACUGAGCAGACUAACACUCAGCUGGUGAGGGAGAAGCUUUCUGACGAUGCCAUGGAGACUAGUAGUGAAGGAAAUGUAUCUUAUGAUUGUAUGGACAGUACUAGUCCUGUCAAUCUGGGGCAGCUAUCUGACUAUCUCAUGAGGACUAGUGAGGACUAGUAUUAAGUACGGGGAAUUUCAGACAAGAAAGUAUAUUGGUUUUCGUGUAUUCUAUCUAGUUCGUUUUUAUUUUCAUUUGCCAAGAUAAGAUCAAAUUGCCACCGACGUCA